AUAUUGAAAUUGAUCAAUAUUGUGAUGGAAAAAAAUAUAAUACCACAGUUGAAGAUUAUCAGAGUGACGAAAUGCAAUCUGAUAAUGAGAAUAUUGUUGAAAAGCCUAUAAAUUCAGUUGAUUAUGAAACUUUUCAAAAAACUGAAGAACUAGAAGAAGAG